AUGCAUGCGGCACUUUUUUUGUACAUUGUUGCUGCUGUUGCUGCUCAGUUGGGCAUUUCUGCCUCGCAUGAAUCUACUUUGCCGACAUCUACAGAUGACACUUACCAAGGAAAAUUUGAAACGGGCAUGUCUUUCGGUUUCCCUCCGGAACCAAUCAAUGCCACAUUGAGUGUGGAUAACGCUUACAUCGAUAUAAACCUCUCGAUAGGAGAUCACACUAUUUUCACGCCAGCCAUCUUUGAAAAUGACUCUAUACUGGAUUAUGGUGACGUUGAGCUUGGAGGCUUUCGGCUUCACAAUUUCAGUGUCGGCAUGGCAGUUUUCAUGGAAGGUUCAAUCGUUGGUCUCGGAUUACCCCGAAGAGCAGAUAUCAUCUCGCCGCUAGAUGCCAUGAAAAACGCCGGCCAAAUCAAAAGCAGGUCCUUCUCUUUCAAGAUUUCUGACGAUGACGAAGGUGUUUUGUUUGGUGCUAUAGACCAUGGCAUGUACCAGCAGCCUCUCCGAAAGUACAAAAUGUUCAAUGAUUUGGCGGAUGCCAAAGCUGCUCGGCCUCCAACCAUUCUUUUGGACGGCAUGGCUGGUAAUAACUUUCUGAUCACCAGCCAGACCGUAGUGGUUAUUUCUGACUACACUCUGUUCAAUUUAGAUUAUUAUUAUGGGUUGCUUGACCAUUUCAAUGCCACACUCGACUUUAAUGAUUCAUUCCGCCCGGAUCCACUAAUUUCAUGUCUGUACAUGAACCUGACUGAGUAUAUCUCCUUAUAUUUCAGUGGAGACGAGUAUCGGGUUCCAGAGAAGAACUUUAUUUCAUACGCAAGAGACGAUGAAGGCAAUAUCACCGGAUGCAGAUUAAGUGGGCUGUGGCAGGAAUACCACUCCAUGACGCUUAGUAAGUCCUUGUUUUUGAAUGACCUCUACAUGGUAGUGGACUACGAUAACGAAGAGAUUGGUUUGGCUCCGUUGGCGUCUGAGUCCAAUCCAGAAACCAUUGAGCAACUUUCUACAGGCGUCCCACUGGCCACUGAAGCCGAGUAUUUCUCCUAUUCGACUGGAUGGACUACCCAAAGGAGACUUCUCAGUUCUGCUUUGGUGUACUCUUACACUAUAGCCCACCCAACAUACCCAAUGUACACGGGCAGACGUUUGAAGGAAAGUGCUACGGAGCCAUUUAACACAGCAACCAGUUCAGCCAGCUCAGCCCGUUCAGCCAGCUCAGCCAGCUCAGCCAUAACGUCUUCAUUUGCCUCGGCCCCACUGGAACAAACAUCCACUAGCGAUGGAAAAAAUAGCACAAAGGCAUCUUCUUCUAAGGGUUCUGCCGAUAAGAAAACUUCUGGCGGACUUCUUCUUUUUCUUGCGUCUUUUGUUGCUUUGAUGAUGAUUUAG